AGCGUAAGAAUCAGAACAGAGAAGAGAUUAAAUCCCUGGAACUCCACACACGCACACACGCUCACAUGUAAUUCCUCUCCUCCUGACAGUGACAGCUCUACUCUCUUCUUUCCCACCGUUUUGAAAGUUUUCAUUUCUCCUGAAAAAGCUGCAAGUGGCCAUGUUGAUUUUAAAGCAGCUGGAUUAGUGCAUCUUCUGUUGUCAAAUUGCUGAAUUCAAUCUCUUGAAGUCCCAGGCAUGUAGAACUGUAUUGCAAUGUGCAGAAAAGGUUUACAUACAAUGGAGAACAAAGAGGCCUUAGUAUGAUGACAAAGAGUUGUGAGCUUUGUUGAACAAAUUAUCAGCCAAAAAUGCAUUGAGACUCACUCACAAUCUGAUUGCCGAUGCUGAUCUGUUUAAACCGUCUGAUAGCUGAGUUAAGCAAAUGGCAGAACGUCAAACUCAAGAAAUUCCUUCCAAGUUUCCUGAAUUUCUCCCAAGUAACAGCGAUUCAAGGUUUCCUUCAAAUGGGCGUCUUGAAGAUUAUUUUCGUGGGUUGGGCAAUCCUGGGUUUAAGAAGAGGGGGCAUGGACUUGGAAGUCGGUCUUGGGUAAAGAUUGAUCAAAAUGGGAAUUCAAAGAUUUUGGAAUUGGAUAAAGCUACUGUGAUGAGGCAUUGCUCUUUGCCAUCAAGGGAUCUUCGUCUGUUGGAUCCAAUGUUUAUCUAUCCUUCCAGCAUUCUGGGUCGAGAAAAGGCUAUCGUGGUUAAUCUUGAAAUGAUUAGGUGUAUAAUCACGGCUGAUGAGGUCAUACUGAUGAAUUCGUUGGAUGCAUCUGUAGUCCACUAUGUAUCAGAAUUGUGCAAACGCCUUCAAGCAAAUAAAGAUCAAGCUGAUGAUCUACCUUUUGAAUUCAAGGCCUUGGAGCUGGCUUUGGAAUUGACAUGCAUGUCUCUUGAUGCUCAGGCGAAAGAAUUGGAGAUGGAGAUAUAUCCAGUCCUUGACGAAUUGGCCUCGUCUAUAAGCACUCUUAAUCUAGAACAUGUCCGCCGAUUGAAGGGCCACCUCCUUGCUUUAACUCAGCGAGUGCAGAAGGUGUGUGAUGAAAUAGAACAUCUCAUGGAUGAUGAUGGUGAUAUGGCCGAGAUGUACUUAACAGAGAAGAAACAGAGAAAGGAAGCGUAUGCCAACAAUGAGCAGUAUGAUCAAACUACUUUUUUCACUGCUUCCAGAGUUGGAUCAAAAUCUGCUCCCGUUUCACCUGUGGGCUCAUGUAUUGGAGUACAAAAGUUACAGAGGGCUUUCAGCAGCAUCAGUUCAAGUAAACAUGGAAGCUUGGGAAGUUCAUCUAAUAGUGAAGAAAAUAUUGAUCAACUCGAAAUGUUGCUAGAGGCUUACUUUGUGUUCAUUGAUAAUACUCUGAACAAGUUGCUAUCGCUUAAAGAAUACAUUGAUGAUACUGAGGACUUCAUCACUAUAAAACUGGGGUCUCAGUCCAUCUGAAAGGAGCUACUGGAUCUUUUGUCUCCGCCGAGAUAUGAACCCAUCAUCUCUGCUCUUUGGGACGUCGUCCGGUGCUCUCUCAAAUGGGGAAAGUUCUUGGUUGAUGGGUUUGGGAUUAGUACUGCAUAAUUAGCCUCUGGAUCUUUUCCUGUCACUUUGCUUGUCCUUCCAUUCACCUCGUCCAACGUAUCUGUAGCAUUCCGGCAGAGCUGAUGAGGACUUUCUGGGGUUGAUAAUGAUUCUCCGUCGCUGUAUGCAGAGUCAAGAGACGUAAUGCAUUGUGGUUCCAGAGAAUGGAAUUCGUUUUGGAUGUUCUGGAGCGCAUUUUCAAGCUCCUUGAUACGUGCUUCAAGUCUUGAUUCUCUUAGCUUGUGCAACCGCAUACUCAACUCGCGGGGGGAAACUGCAUAAUUUGCAGGUGGAGUUGGUCCAUUGGUGGUAUCACUUUCUUCAUCUGAUACCGAUUCGGAGGCAUUUUCAUACUGUCUUCUGAGCGCAUCUAACUUCAUAUCUCCUCGAAUGGCGUCUACUUCGCAUUGUGAAUCAGGCUGAUGAACCAUUCAAACCAUUAGAUGCUUUUAUAACUUAGCCCAAAAAUGACGAAUGGUAAAGUUUGAAAUCAACCACAAAGUUUUCCUAGUUUCAUGCCUGUUAAUAUUAUUCACAAAUAAAAGAAGUCAUUCACUUGCUUAUUGAGAACACUGCAGCAAGAAGAAACCUGUAAAAGACAUGCUGCAAUGUAGCUGGGGGUCCAAGAAGUCCCCAGAUUGUCCAAAACAAUUGAAGAUACUAUAUCGAAGCACAUAAUAUUUCGUGU